AUGAAUCGAAGUGUGCGCCCCGAGAAUGUGGAGUUUACAGUUAAGGCAGCAGAGGACCUCGUGUUGACCGGAAAAGAGCGCUCGAUUGUUCGUGUAGCGGCGAACAACAUGUACUCGUGCUUAAUGCAAAAGACGCAGCGAUUUUCAUCGCUUUUUCGCCACUACAGCAAGCACCACGGUCUUCCACGCGAGUCGCUUGACUUCUUCUUUACGAAUCGGUUGGAUCCCGAAGAUUCACCUGAAUCGGUGCAUUUACAGAAGAACGAUAUUAUCCUAGUCCGUCGCCGAUUGAUGCCCAUGGCGCUAACUUUGCCAAGCCAUAAUGACGAAACAUAUUUUGGAACAAUGAGAGAACUCUUUCAGAGUGGCGUCGGUAGCGACAUAAGGCUAGAAGUCGGACCAGAAAGAGAAAUUCUGACUGCUCAUCGGCUGAUUCUUACGACAAGAUGCGAGAUUUUUGAGGCGAUGUUUCGACCUGGAGCGAUGAAGGAAAGUUGGGAUGGCGUCGUUCGAAUUGAAGAUCACUCGCCCGAGAUGGUGUCAAAAAUGCUUGAAUUUAUUUACACGAAUCGUGUGCUUGAUCUUUCUAAACUGAACUCCAAUCAACUGAUUGAUCUCUUGACGCUUUCGGAACAGUAUCUGCUUUUGCCGCUUAAGCACCUUUGCGAAGUCGCAGCACAAAACGUCUUGUCGAUCGGAAAUGUUGGCCGAUUCCUCUGCGCCGCGGAAAAAUUUAACGCUGCGUACUUGAAAGAGUAUUGCCUCGCUUACUUUAUGGAUCACACGAGUGAGAUCAUCGAUGAUGAAAAUUUUCGCGAGGAGAUUGAGAGUUGUCCAUCCAUGGCGCUGACUAUUGUUCGCGCAACUACUCGUAACCUUGCGUGCUCUUUGGAUCCCGUGCAGAAGAGGAGAAGACUCAACAUGCCGUUUGAUGAGCCGGAGUACUUAUCCCCGAGUUGA